UCGAGCUCCCCGCCCACACAGAGUGCCGCCGGCUCACGACUGGCCGGCUGAGCGCGAGGAGCUACUGUGUCGCUCCCGCGCUGCACCCGCCGAUAGGGUGGGCGCUCGCGUCGCUCGCCGAGCUGCGGCCGGGCUGCAGAGUCCUCGACCCGAUGUGUGGGAGAGCGGGCGUCCUCCUCGAAGCCGCUCGGCUGCAGCCGCUGGCCGCGUGUGUCGGGUGCGAUCGGAACGCCGCCCAGCUGGAGGGCGCGGCGGCCAACGCCGAUGCCGCAGCCCGGCAAGGGGCGCUGCCUCUGCUGCUGAUGCACGCCGAUGCGACGCGGCUGCCUCUUCACGACGGCAGCGUGGACGCCGUGCUGAGCGACUUGCCGUUCGGGCGGAAGCACGGUCGGCGGGAGGGGCUGUAUGCCGCGGCGCUGCGAGAGUGGCGGCGCGUCCUGCGGCCGGGAGGCUGCGCCGUGCUCCUCACCACUCGCAAGGCGGAGCUCGCUGAGGUGGUCUCGGCCGACCCCGCGUGGGCGAAGGUUGGGCGGCACCAUUUGAUGAUCGGGGCGCUCAUGGCGUGCGCGCACGUCCUCAGGCGGCAGUGAGUUGUGCGAUGCCUCACGUGACGGAACUGGACGAUCGCGCGGACUUUGAUUUAAAUGAGGGUGCGGUGCGUCCUAAUCUAAAAUCCGAGGAUUAAGGAUUG